UCUUUAGGACCCAGCAGGCGGCGGCAGGCGGCAGUUGUGUAGAUCACUGAGAGACUACGAGGGUCCGGUUCAGUUUUAAUUCUGUCUCUAAUCUCUGCAACAGCCGCGCUUCCUGGGUCCCGCGGCUCUCCUACCCACUCAGGCGCCGCCGCCGGCCGGCGAAAAUCAGAGCCGCCCGCCCCCUCAUCACCCACCAUGGAAACCCUCCAAGAAAAAGUGGCUCCGGACGCGUGUGCCUGAGGAUUCCUCACAAAAGAGGUGCCCAAAAUGAAGACCCUGAUGCGCCAUGGUCUGGCUGUGUGUUUAGCGCUCACCACCAUGUGCACCAGCUUGUUGCUCGUGUACAGCAGCCUCGGCGGCCAGAAGGAGCGGCCCCCGCAGCAGCCGCAGCAGGCGGCGGCGACCGGCAGCGCGCAGCCGUCGGCGGAGAGCAGCCCCCCCUCGAGGCCCCGGGCCCCCGCGGGACCGCAGCCGCUGGACGGAUACCUCGGCGUGAGGGACCACAAGCCCCUGAAAAUGCACUGCAGGGACUGUGCCUUGGUGACCAGCUCGGGGCACCUGCUGCGCAGCCGGCAAGGCCCCCAGAUAGACCAGACGGAGUGUGUCAUCCGCAUGAAUGACGCGCCGACGCGUGGCUACGGGCGCGACGUGGGCAGCCGCACCAGCCUGCGGGUCAUCGCGCAUUCCAGCAUCCAGAGGAUCCUCCGCAACCGCCACGACCUGCUCAACGUGAGCCAGGGCACCGUGUUCAUCUUCUGGGGCCCCAGCAGCUACAUGCGGAGGGACGGCAAGGGCCAGGUCUACAACAACCUGCAGCUCCUGAGCCAGGUGCUGCCGCGGCUGAAGGCCUUCAUGAUCACGCGCCACAAGAUGCUGCAGUUCGACGAGCUCUUCAAGCGCGAGACCGGCAAAGACAGGAAGAUCUCCAACACUUGGCUCAGCACUGGCUGGUUCACGAUGACGAUCGCGCUGGAGCUCUGUGACAGGAUCAAUGUGUACGGCAUGGUGCCCCCAGACUUCUGCAGGGAUCCCAAUCACCCAUCAGUACCUUACCACUAUUAUGAACCGUUUGGACCUGACGAAUGCACCAUGUACCUCUCCCACGAGCGAGGACGGAAGGGCAGCCAUCACCGCUUCAUCACAGAGAAACGCGUCUUUAAGAACUGGGCACGGACAUUCAACAUUCACUUUUUUCAGCCAGACUGGAAACCAGAAUCACUUGCUCUAAAGCCUCCAGAGAAUAAACCUGUGUUCUGAGCAGUGAGGGUGCCAGACCAAAACCUCAAGUACCUACUGCAUCAGACGCCAGGGCGCUGAACUUCCAGAGCCGGCAGACACACGAGAGGGACGGGACCGGGAGCAGGAAACUCCUCCAUGACCAACACGUGCAGAUGGCUCGGAGGCAGGACCGCCAAGCACUGCGGUUGGUGUGUAAGGAGAAAAUUCCAGAAUUACUAUGUCCACACGAGCGUCAUCCCUUGCAAAAGGGGUUACUUGGGGAGCUAAACGCCCAUGUCAGUGAUGCUGCUGUGGUCUAAAGAACAUUCUGGAUCUCUUUAAGUAUCGCCUUCAAAACCGAAGCACGAGCAACUCAACGAUGUUAGUUGUGUUCCUUUGUAGAAAUGCCACAUCGAAAGACCUUUUUCUAUUAAGUUGUAUCCUAACCUGAUCUAUAAUCUUUGUCAUCUGUUGGGCUCUGUAUGUGUGAUUUGUAAAAAGCGAUCUGAAAGUGUGGACAUGAUUUCUGAAGAGCACAUCUCCACUGACUUUCAUAAAGCAAAUGCCCAAUAUUUAUUUAUUAAAAGUUUUUUAGUGUACUCUAGGCCAGUAUUUUUAUAGAUUAUGAUUAUGUGGUAAUUUAUCCUUCUUAACUCUUUAACUCUGAAUGAUGGUUGGAAGACACCUAGAAUGGGGCUGGUGAGUGACUGGGUUCACGACACUCAUGGUUAGCAAUUGAUUGGCUUGGAAAUGUCACGUUGGCGUUUUUUGAACCCUUGGGCUUCAAGAAGAGCUAUGACAUUUUCUAAUGUAAAGAAAUGUUCCAAAUGACAAAACCGAAAACCAAAAACUGUGUUGUUACAACAAAAAGAUACUAACAAAAGAAACUUAAAGAUAGUUGUCUUUAGUAAUAGUUGGUGUAGGUUACUUGGCAUAAACCCUAGUUUCCUUGUGUGAGAAUGAUGUCCCUGUACCACAUGACAGUGUAAGUUUCCUUCCAAAUCUAAAAUUCUGUAAGCCUCUCCUUGACCCACUUGAGAACCUUACACUUGGAUUGAUAGGGUUUCUUCAGUAGCAAAAGCCUGACUUCUGGGGGUCUUUUCUCCCCCUACUAUUUAUCUCCUUCUGUGGUUAAAAACACAACUUCCUCACUGGUCCCCAUCGGCUACAGUCUACCCCCAUGCUUUUCUGGUGUUUCUUGAACCCCAAAAAGAGGGAGGGCAAAAAACUAAGAGAGAGAGAACCUCUGUGGUGUUCCCUGGCUAUAGGAGCAAGAAACAGUCCUUCUCUGAGUCUGUGAGAAGAGAAGACAAGGAGCUUCCCUAACAGACGACUCAUUUAUCCUGUGAACUAUUCAGAUUCACUCACUGCAAGUCUCACAUGAUAGUCACAGCCAUUCCCUGGUCUGGAGGAGUAUGAAGGACUUAUUUUAUCCAGAUUAGUAUGAAGGACCUUCAUUUAAGCAAGUGAUAUUCCUCAAAAUUAGUCUUUUUAAAAAUAUACCAGUGGGUUUUUUUUUUUUCCACAUGACUUAGAAGGCAUGCACUUUUCCAAUGCCACAUUCAAAGGCACCAGCAAGUAUUACGUGUGGAGACCGACAUUGUUUCACAGAACCUGACCUGACCUGUGACUAAAGAAGGUUUUUCACAUUGCCACUUCCUUUCGCUUUCCUUACUUAGUACUAAGAUUCCAUUCCCUUGCACUAACUAGUACUACUUAUCAUAUGGGGUUCUGUGGUUGGGGUGUAAACACAGUCCGGAUAUUUAUAGGACAGAAACAAAACAAAGUUGGGAUUAUUGUGUAUGGAAACAUAUAUGUGUUCUUCAGACUUUCUUGUAAUUUUUAAAGAGACUGUAGAAUAUCAUUCCAGCCCGAUAUCUUUUGUGGCAUGGACUCCGGACACACGACCCUUUGUGAACGUAAGAAAAAGAGUAUGAAUUUCAUGUGAUGGAUUUAUAGGCCACCUUUACCAUCACUUGAAGACAAUAUGUUGUUCAGAUGUAAAUAGCUCCUUUAACAAGUUUUAUUUUUAUGGAAAUUUGGAAAGGCAUACUUGGGACCUGCAAAAAUGUAGCUGUAUUACCUAAUCUGUAAUAUCUCAAAUGCCUGGGUUAUCUUUAGGUUUCAGGAUUUGGUUUGUUUUUUUGUUUGUUUUUGUUUUUGUUUUAGGACCGUAUGAUAACUGCAUCUUUUUUGUAACUUCUUCCUUCUUCCCAAAUACUCAGUAGAGUGUAAAGCAACCAAAUUCUGAAAACCCCUGGCUUCAAUGGGAAAUAGCUUACAUCUAAAUGUAGCUAAGAUACGGCAGUAUGGGAAUUCAUAUUUUUUCAAAUAUGGUAUAAAUAGGUGUAAGACUGAUCACUUGGGCAAUGGUUUUUAUUAUAACACUUCAAGAAUAUGCCUGGAAUUCUGAUAGAUUGUGCCGACGGAGCUGGCUAUGGGCAAUUGAAUUCUUAUCUUGCCACUAUCAUUUCCUGACUCUCGGUCUCAACACCAUUCAAAACCACUAAACAUCAACUCUGAUAUAAAAGAUGAUGACAGAACCAUGUUUGCAGACCUCAGUGAUUUCAAUAUCCAAUUGUGUUGGGAGCCUUAGUCCUACUCGUUAUGUUAUACACCUUUGUCUUCUUUCCCAGCUGUGUCAUCAGCUACCUCCUCGCUUUUAAGACCCCAGUAAUACAAAGCCACAGCUGGCCGAUGCAUGGCGUCUGUUAUUUCAAUGCAAGAACAUUUGGCAGAGGCCAUUACAAUAGAUAGCCAUUAUGGGCAAAGAUACAGGAAUUCACAAACAAAAUCAAUCACUUCAAAUGGCCCAUAAAAAGAGGAAUCUUACAUUUAAUAUUCUACAGUAAAUAUUCACCCAAGAAAGCGUACAUUAAAAGAACAUUAGGAGGUAAAUAUUCAGUGUGCUGCAUGGGGACUUUGCUGCGUGAUUUCCAUUAUGGUUAAUGGGUGUUUGGUAACUAAGUCCCUGUGCUUCACUAACCCUGGGAUGUGCUCCUAAGGGCUAGACAUAAAACCAGAGUGAUUCAGGAACUUCCAAGGUCCUAAGAUUUCAGAGCGAGAGCUCAUCUUGAAAAAAAAAUAAAGGAAAGCAAAACACAAAAUACUGACUCUGAAAGAGAAGUUCGCGGUUGUUUUCUCUGAAUCCUGACACCAUUGCUGGUAUGUGCCUCAGAGGCCAAACAACACCUCUCUGGACAGACUCCCUUUGUCUCCUGAAGUAUUCUCCAUUACUGAUCUAUUUUAAUCACAUUAAAAUUGAAGUAUAUCAUCUCAUUUUGAAGUAAAAAUUCACCUCAAACGUUAGAAUUAUUGAUUGGGAGGCUAAAUGAAUGUUAAGUAAAAGUGGACGGAACAAACUAGAAUUUUGUCAGGAUCCAUGCAGUCUUAUGUGAACAUAUCUGUACCGGUUUAAUACCCACCCAAAUAGUUGUCCUUAUGCAGGGGUGACUGCAUUUCAGAAAUACACCCUGAUUUCCACUGGGGUGAUGACUCAGACUCUUAGUUCAGACUUACUCUGAGAUUCCUCUUCUCUCUGUAGUGUUAGAAGGGGAGGGUAACACUCCUACAUGUUUCGUCCCUGAGCCAAUCCUUCCUUCCAUCCUUCCUGCUUCUCUCUGGAACCUCAGUCCCACCCUUCCGCCAUCAUUCUCUCCUGAUUGUCGUCUGUCUACACUGGGCUCUUCAACCAGCAGUCUUUGGAGGCUGUUAAGGUUGUUCAACUAGAGACAUAUCUGGGGAACAGGCAUGGGGUGGGCCCUGCCAGGCAAUGAGCACAGUAGGUGGGACGAAGACAUCUGGCUCCAGGACUAGGUCGUUAAGAAGCAUCAUCUUGGUUUCCUUCGGGCUGGUAGGGGUGGGGAGGAUCUUCAGGACAAUCUUCAGUGCUAAACCAGAGGACAAGCCCCGGGCAAACUGGGACAGUGGGACACCCUAUUGAAAGGCCACCUCAGAGAAAACUAGAAUACUAAGGCAUUGGGCGGGGGAUGUGAAUUCACUGCCUAGGUUCUAGCAAAUGCCAGAAGAUGCUUCAGAGUGGAGAGAGGUGAGAGAGUGUCUAUAGAUUUGAAAACGAAUAUGAGCAAGCCCUCUAUUCCAGCUCACGCAUCCCCACCUACUCAGGGUAUUGAGCCGCCAUAGAAAAGCAAAAAAAGUCUGCAAUCCUGUUUGUUUUUACUCAGUGCCCUAAUAUUCUAUGCUACCUUGUAUUAUUGUUCCUGUCUCUUUAUGUGUGUGUCCUAUUAGUCUAAUCAGAUUGUAAGCUCUUGGAGAGCAGGGACUGUUUCUCCUUUGUCUUUGUAGCCCCAUGCCUAGUACAGUGCCUUGCACACAAUAGGCGCUCAAUAAAUGUCUGUUGUUGGUGA